AUGGAUCGCGUGCGCAAAGUAUACUUUGAUCCGCUCCUUACCACCAAGGAGCAGAUCCGACAACGACUGAGCGGCCUUCCUGCCGGCACGGCGCAUCCGUUCAGCCCAGAGCAGAUCCUGCUGUGCAACGUCGACGAUGCGAUUCAGGAAAUUGACAUUUCUUCAUACCCAGACAACUUUUUCUACAAUGCAGUGGAUCUCGGCGAGAUGGGCGAGGUCCUCCUCAGCCGCAUGGCCAAGUUUCAAAAUCACCUGGGCGUGUUUGAUGAUUUCCAGAUAAUGCAGGCUCCAGCGUCGACAUUCAGAGUGCCCAUUUCGUCUGACAACAUCACCAUUCUGGCAGUCUCGACGCUGGACCCCACGUACUGGGACUUCUGCUUCGCCGAUGCGCAGGGCAAUACUUGCUGCUGGAAUGCGACAAAUACCUUUCCGGGCAUCCGACAUAGUGGUGACCAUGUCCAAGGCCGCGAUUUUCUCGCCUACGUCAAAAUCAACGAGGCGACACUAGUGACCAAGGAAAUUGGUGUUUUCAUCUCGGGCUACCAGAAGACGCAGAUUACCAAAUUCUUGGGAACCUACCCGGCCAUGAUGGUGGCGGACCAUGCUGAAAAGGUACUCUUCAUUAUUCCUGUCCCGCUGGACGCCGCCACCAUUGGGGAGGCGACCAUCUGCUGCCCCUUGGUUUUCAAGCGCGAUGGAGACUCUAUUGUAUUCUCGAUUCUACCAAAAGCGAGCACUGAUACAGGAGUUUUCUGCACCGGCUCCAAUUUGCCCAGCCGAGCAUUUGAAGAAGCUAUUUCACGGGCAGACUUCUCACUGACAGCUGCCCUUCCAGCCCCUGCUCAGGGUUUGGUUUCCAAGAUUUCUGAUGUGGAGAUUGCUGAAAGUUCAAAGACAGCAGCUGCAAUUGUGUCACGGAACAAGGCCGUCUUCCUGACCAAUGCAACUAGUAUCCCUCCACAUCUCGACAUGCACGCUCCGCAGAUGAUCAAAUUCGGCGCCGGGUUAGAGUUUAGCAGUUCCGACUCUGGGCCUAUGCUGCUAGCAACCGGCGCUUGCCCGUCGAAUGUGCCGUUUUCGAGUGCUGAGGCGCUGUUGAAAUAUUACGAACUGCUCGAGUCUGUUAUUUUCGUCGUGAAUGAUGGCAUGACUGAUAACGCCCGCAACCUGGCCUCGCCGAACAGGAUGAAUGGGGUGUUCGUUGUCCAGCCAGGAGCAACAGCAGCCUCGGAAAGGAGCGAUGACAUCGUUCACUUCCUCGAUUCGGUAAACAUCAACGCAGUGACGGCACUAGCCGGACCCCAGUCCUUGGUCUUGGUACAGCUGAAGGACAAGUUUUACUUUUACCGCGGUAUUGCCAACCGGGCGCAUUUGAAUACAUCGCUACUCGAGUUUGGCGCAGACGUGACGUGCGCUGUCCAGUCUGCGGGCUUGGCGGCGUUGCUUGAACCUGCGGCAAAGCGCAUUUGCAAUCUCGAAGAUGGUUCCAGCACAAUUUUGCUGCCCAGCUCAAAUCAGUUCGUCAUACCCAAGGAUCUCGCCCAACUAUUCUCCACGGCGUCGGUUCUUCAGGUCAAGGGCAUGGAAGAGGACAUCUCAGCAGCUGUUCCGCAACUACAGGUGCUUCUCAACGAAAAGGACCUUGUCGCACUAUCCCACUCGUUGGUAGAAUUUUUGGUUUCGAAAACCUCGGAGGCGACAAAAGCUGCCAGGACGGCCUACCUGGACUUCCUAAGUGCGAACUGGGGAGAACAUGACCCAGCUGCGCAGAAGCAAAAAGCGCUGUUGCGAGGAGAGCUGAAGAAGGUGGCCAAGGAAGCGCAAGUUUCUCUAGAGCCCGCUAUUUCUAAGCUGUCUUUGAUGAUGUCGUUUAAAAAUACAUCCAAGAGAACGCACGAUUUGAAGAGGCUUCAACGGCAGAGCAAGAUCCAGAGCAACGUGAAAGCAGCACAAGAAAUGACUUUUGGAAAGCUGGCGGAGUAUCUGGAGGAUUAUGCUUCAGAUAUGGGCGUCAUGGUGGUCAAUAUUGAAACUGAACCAUUUGAGAAGUUAUUGGGUAAUUUGGCUGGUAGCCUCAUCGAUGCAAGGCCUUGCUGUGCUCUCGACUCGCGCGUCCUUUAUCUGGAAGGUCUAGAUGCCGGCAUCAUCAUGGAACAGUCGCAGAGCUCUCAUGAAGGUCCUCUGCGAAACCAACAUGGUCCCAUGGUACCCAUCAUGUCAAUGCCGUACCUGAAUCAGGGCGCAGGGGCGGGUUCCAUGCUGGGAUGGGUAUGCUGGGACGAGUUUGUCAACCUGAAGACCCCGUUUGGCACCCGGUGGAUGGAAAAGUGCAACGACGACCAUAUUUCUGCGCUGCGAAUUCUGAUGCGCGGGACACUGAGCAGUGCCGUCAUAUCGCGCGAGUACAACAUGACUCCGGGUGCUCCCGAGACUGGACAGCUCAUGAGCGCGCUGCUAACGGCGUCCAUGUUUAAACUGGCAGACAUGAGACAGUCUGUUCCGGUAGAGGUUGAGUGUGCCGAGGAUACUGUGACAAGAUUGAUGCGUGGCCUGUUUGGUAAUCUGUUGACAGUGGCAGGCUCGGGCGUACGGCCGCUUAGCAUGUCAUGGCAGCUUGUUGGUCAGCAGCCCCUAUUCGAUAUCCCCAACACUGCGCAGGAGUGGAUGUGGUACCAGAACAUGGUCUCUCUUUACCCCUACACCGGAUGGCCGCUGGCACAGUUUCACCAGAACCUGCAAAGUCUCCUCGACAAGGUUAUUGUGUGGGUGGUGACCAAGGCAGAGGAUGUUGGGAGUGUCAAGAGAAACCGAAUUGAGGAAAUGGCUCGGUUCUGUCGCCUCAGAAACAUACAGCUGGACCACUGUCGCACAAUCAUUACCGUGCUGAUGCGCAUGCUGACCGAGGAUGGUGUCGACCGGGCUGCGUGCGCGUCGCGGCUGCUAGCGCAUUUGCCAGCAACGUUGGAGAGGCAGACACAAUCGUAUACGCGACUGCUCCAGUACCUGGAGCAUUUAUCCAAGGGAGGCAAGCGACGCCAGGGUGAUGACACGAUUGCUGCCAACGUCUACACGCGUCGUUCGGCUGCGUUUGGCGCGCUCAAGGCCGAGGUGGCGCAGGCAUGCAAGAGAGAGGACUGGGAGGUAAUCAAGGACCGCUGCAAAGCCAUCAAGACGCUUCAAAAUUCCAUUGCAGAGAAGUGGCAGAUCCCGCUGCCGACGCUCAAGGUACAGGGUAUCAGCGCCUUUGACAGGCUGCUUGCGGCCGAGGUCCCGACGGCGACGACGGAACCGCAGCAGCGGGCAAAGCUGGACAUGUUGACGAGGCAGGCGCUGUGCGACGCGGAAAUCUGUCGGGUUCCGUGGCAGGUUGGUCAGAGCGGUGAGUUUGGCCGUGACAUUGAGGCUCUGGACGAAGCAUUCGUGGAGGAGAUGUUGAGGGGCGAGGCUCGUGCCGGCCCUCUGGCCGUCAAGGCGAGCAGCGCGGCGGAAGCGAUCGAGGAAGCCAAGGAGGGUAUUCUGGACAAGUACAAGUCUGCCCUUGAGCCGGCAUUUGUGCAGUCGCUGGAGACGUCAAUGACUGCGGAGGCGGCGUGCAGCCUGAUGCAUGUUCCGGUGGAGACGAUGCAAGUGUUUGCCAAGGCGCUGAAUCCUGCCUUUGCAUGGGAGGACUUGGGGGGGAGGUUUAGAGUGGUUAUACUGGGGUUGCUGGAGAGGCGAUCGUGUCGUGUUGAGAGCCGGCCUGUGAGGAAGCUGUUGGAGAUGGGGAGAUUGGUUGAGGAGGAUGACUGA